AUGUCUUUCUGGAGCCGUCCUCGUAACCUGGUCAUCCUUGGUGGUGUCCUCGUUGGUGCUGCUUUCAUCCCUACUCCUGGCUCCAAGACUACCAACGUCUUCGAGACCCAAGGCACAAAAAACAUCGGCGCUCGCUGGUCAGCAGCAGGCGGCUCAGAUGUCCACACCCCAGGUGUCGCUACCACUCGUGGAAGCGCUGAAAACACACAAGAGAAACAGGAUGGGCCCUCAGGUAUCAACACCGAGCACUUCAAAGAGAACCAAGCUUCCCAGCGUCCUGGAGAGCCCGGCCCAUUCGACAAGGCAUGGAACAAGGCCCACUACGGCACCGAGAAGGGCAAAUAG